UUUACGCCUGGAGGCAGCCCGGGACCCCCCUUCGGCGCCCCAGAGCCCCCGGAGCCCCGACCCCACCGCCCCGCAGCCUCGAAGCAGCUGAUGGCGCCGCAGCCCGGGCGGGCGCUGCGGAACCCGGGGCGCAGCUAGCGUGGGGAAGAAGAGCUCCUCCCCGCACCCAGCCCGCGGACCCGGGCUCCUCUGGCCUGUCGCUCCCGCAGGUCCUGAAGGUGAGUCCCAGGCCUGGGUUGCCAUGGAUACCGUGUCCCUAGAGCAUCAGAUCCAGAGCGUGCAACGCCACAUCAGCUUCCUGAAAAAAGAGCAGAUGGCCCUGCUGCGAGACCUGCACCUGGAAAUCCUGAGGCUGCAGAAACGCUGCUCAGAACUGACCCGUGACCUGGAGAUGAGAGAGGCCCAGUCUCACCAGCAAGAGGAGGCGUCCCGGGAGCUGGAGAGCAAGUGCCGCGCGCUGGAGUCGCAGCUGGCGGCGCGGGCGGCGGCCAACUCCGAGCUGCGGCGGGAGGUGGCGCAGCGCGAGGCGCUGGUGUCGGCGCUGCGCUGCAGCCUGCGCGCCGAGGAGCGCCGCUUCCUGGAGGAGCUGCGCCGCCGCAGCCACCGCGCCACCGUGCUGGGCACCGAGCUGCAGAAGCACACCGAGGCGGCCGCCUACCUCUCCUGCCAGCUGCACGCGGCGCGCCAGAGACUGCAGACCCCGCGCCCCGGCCCGGGCGCCGCCGCCGAGCCCCGGCCCCGCCGGCGCGCACAGCGGGCUCGCCGCCCGCCGGCCACGGAGGCCGCCGCCAAGGGCCCCGGCCGGGACUGGGCCGCCUGGGACCGCGCGGCCUGCGCCCUGGACGACGCCGAGCCCAUGCCCGACCCAGCGCUCUUCCUCUGUGCCCGGAGGCCCCCGCGGCCCAGCGGCCGCAGCCCGCGCCAGCCGCCUCCCCUGGAGCCCCCGGACCUAGCCUACCCGCCCGCUGCGCCCAGUGCGCCCGGGGCCCCGGAGUAGGCGCGGGCUCCACCCUCCCCACCCCGCGGCCUCCCCAGCCCCGCACGGCUGUCCUUCCCUCCAAGCCUUCCAACUAGGAGAGGCUCGGGUUCAGGGGCUACUGGCUGGACCUUUUCCUCGGAGCCGCUUCGCCUCCCCGAUGCCGCUGGUAGGUCCGUACAGGUGAGCACCUAACACUUUAGAAGACACCUCCUCCCAGAGCCUCUGGUGGGGACGCAUGGCCGAGGGAAGUUGCACUUCUGGCAGGCGGCACCCACAGACCCUUAGGAUUAGGAUGGGUUUGGCGGCAGAGCCCAGUCUAGCGCUGUCUCCAGCGUGGUCCUCCCCAGGAUGCCCACUGAGGGGUGUAGACAGGGAGCUGUGCUGGGGAAGCGAGGGACAGCCAGACCUAUGGAGGGGCAGAAACUGCCUUCAGGAGGUAGCUGGGGACCUGAGGCGCCCUGGGCCCUGGGAGGUUCCUGGUCCUGUUUAUUGGUGCUAAUUUCGCCCAGCUUCUUGGAAGUGGCAGUUGAUAGAGGUUUGGGUUUGCUGGGGAGGAAGUCCCCAGCCGGCCCCUCCAGGGAGGCCUCCAGUGCUAUCAGACCUGGCCGUGGUGUGGCGUCGGGGACCUUCUGUCUAGGGUGGGGAGUGGCGCCAUAGAGAGAGCAUGCCCCACCCGCUCUCUGCCUUUCUCCCCUGCCCGCUCUCAAGACAAAGGCAGUUUCCAGCCCGGCUCUUGCUCUCACCCCAAGCCCAGCCUGGGAAGAAAAACCUCUAGAGCCCCCACCCCAAGCCACCCUUCCUCUGUCCUGGGUCCUGCACCGAGUCCUAAGUGCCUGUGAGGUCUUCCGGGGACUGCAGAGGGGGGCGCACGUGGCAGGGAGAGGCCUUUGCCUCACUCACACCCCAUCCUGGCAGAGCCUGGCCCUGCCUGCGGCCCAGCAUUGUGUGUGUUGACCCAGGGAGCCAUGAGAGAGAGCAGAGCCAAUCUUUUUUUUUUUUUUUUU